AUAAGAAAUAAAAAGGAAAAAUAAAUUGUGAAAAUUGUGAGUAAAUAAAUUGAAUCUCGGAGUUUGUCGCGAUUGCGAGUCCCAGCAUCCCAGAUGGCGUAGGCAUCUUUAUCUCGCGCGUCGAAAAGAUUCGAAGUUUACUAUCUCACAUAUAUCUCACACGAGUAGACGGAACUGACGAAACGAUUAAUUAACUCGUUCGUUGUGUUCUCUCACGAUAUUGUUUGACAGCUCUGACAGAUACUUCUUCAAAACACAGUAGCCAGUUUAUCGAAUCGAAAGCCGGCCGUAAUCGCGUAAUCGUUGCUUUAAAUGUCAUGCCCAACGAUUCCCUCGAUCGUUUUAAUUGCUGCGAUAUUGGAUUUGCAGUAAUUCGAUGAGCAAAAAGUUACUGUAAAAAUUCCAAGGGACUCGUAACAGCGAUAAAUAUCAGCAAUUAAUCUCCGACAUGUCAGCGUCCGAAACUGUGGUCAUUUUCGCGAAGCUGGAGGCUUUGAAAGAUAUCAGGUCAAAAACUCUCCAGUUGGAAAAAUUGAAGCAAAGAAUAUUGCAAGAGGUAGAACAGACCGAGCAAGAGGAGAAAUGUUUGUUAGAGUAUAAACAAGAAAUGGAUUUACUGAUGCAGGAAAAAAUGGCACACGUCGAAGAAUUACGACAGAUACAUGCAGAUAUAAAUGCGAUGGAGUCUGUAAUUAAACAAGCAGAGGAAGCUCGUAACAGAGCAAGAGAAACUGCAAAAUUAAUCCAUAAUAAUGACUAUCAGCCACUGAAACAUGACAUUGAUCGUAUGCGCAGAGAAUUUCUAGGCUUAGAAAGGUUACCAGAACUAUAUGAGACAGAGUCAGAUCUCAUUUCACCUGAACGAUUUGUUCAUAGCUACUUUGAACGCCCGAUGCAAAAGGCAGAGUGGAGAGUGGAAGUACGUGGUGAUGACUUGUUACCACCACUUGGAUUGCAUCAUCCUGGACAUCCAGGUGGCUCUACACCUUUCCUUGCUCCACAACCACUUCAAGGACCCAGUAAACCAGAACCCAGACCAUUACCACCAGCCCCAGGGCCCCCAGCUCCAACAUUCAGGUACCACUGGCAACAACCACCACCUAUGAAGUCUUGUCUUUCAUGUCAUCAACAGAUUCACAGGAAUGCACCAAUUUGUCCACUCUGUAAAGCAAAGUCGCGCUCACGUAAUCCUAAGAAACCAAAGAAGAAAGAUUAAUUGUAAUUAGGAGUAUUAUUUAUAUGAAUGAAUCUGCAUUUCUACAACUCAUAUGUAAGAAGACACAUGUAUUAAUCAUUUUUGUAAUCCAUAGCAACUAUGCACUUUUAUCGUAUCAUUAGCAUUUAUAUUAACAUAAAUAAUAGCACAGCAUUCAUGAAAAUCUAUGUGUUUAUAUAAUAUGUCAAUUUUUUGACAAAACAGCAUUCUUUAGUUUUUAAAGUUGGAUUAUAUUCGCGCGCCCGUGUUAAGAAUAUAUAAGACCAUGUAUGAAUUUAUAUAACCAAAUAUAAUUUCUACUAUCAAGAGAAAUAAAAGUAAAAAUUUAAUAUUUGACAA